AGGAAAAAAAAGUUAAAUUCUUUUAAUUAUAAAAAUAGUAAUACUUUAAUGAAUCUCUUCAUUAAAGUCUCGAAAGUGUCCCACUCCCACCAAACUAGAAUAACCGCAACAGACCCUCAUUGAACUCAAAUGACGUGUCACUGCCACAUGUACGUUGAAAUCUAAUUUAGUUACUCCAAAAGUUGUAGUUCCUGCAAAAAUUAAUUGUCUACCAAACACAAACAUUAAUUGUUGAAAUCCAGUUCAAACCCUCCCCUUUUCUUCAAUCUAAUCAGGUAAGUUCAUAUGGUCUUUACAGAAAAACACUUUUGAUUUUACUCUGUAAUUUCUUAAUAAUAUUCUUGAUUGGUUACUUACACGUUACAAAUGUAUUACUUUCACGUAUAUACAAGUCUGGCUGUAUUUUUUUUUAAAAAAAUUUAGACACAAGUGGCGGGGUCGUUUUAUUAGACCGUGCAAAUAAUUAUGGCAGUGGCACAUUCGGAUCAUAUUAAAAAGAAUAUGCUUUUUCCAAGCCAACUGUUCUUCAACUAUCAGUCUUGGCGGUUAUUUGUUUCUGAACUUAUGAUUUGUUUCUAUUUUUUAUUUUGUAUGUUUCUUGAUUUGCUACCCUAAUCAGCUAAAUACUGAUUCUUGAGCUAAAAAUACAAUCUUGAUAUUGUUGAUGGGUUUUUGAUACCAUUUUAUUGAUGGGUUUUUGGUUUGAUUUGUUGAGUAUUUGGAAAAUUUGUGUAUUGUUGUAGUAUAUGUUUCCCCUUUUUGAUUUUUUCUUCUUUGUCUGUUUUUUUUCCUAGCAAGACAGCUUCUUUUCUUCAUUAGUCUUUGAAUUGUGAUCAAUUAAUGUUCUUUGAUCCCUGUCCUUGAAAAUUCAAAUACACCAUCUAGAGUAAAGAUUGGGGAACUUUUAAAAAUUGGAUCUUUGUGGGAAAGAUUUGAAGAACUACUCGAUUUGAUGAAUGAAAUGUAGUGAUGAGCUAAAAAGAUACAAUCUUGAUGAAUUGGGUUUGUGAUAUUGAUUUGUGAUGGGGCAAUAAGACUCUGUUAAUUAGAAUCUUGGCAGAUAUUUAUAAUAGUAAAAAAAUGAAUACUGUGGGGAGGAUAGGUAGCUACAUUGGGAGAGGGGUAAGUAGUGUUUCGGGGCCUUUCCAUCCAUUUGGCGGUGCUGUAGAUAUCAUAGUAGUGGAGCAACCAGAUGGUAGUUUCAAAUGUUCUCCUUGGUAUGUUCGAUUCGGGAAGUUCCAGGGGGUUCUGAAGGCGAGAGAAAAGGUGGUUACUAUAACUGUCAAUGGCGUCGAAGCCAAUUUUCAUAUGUAUUUAGAUAGUAGGGGACGAGCUUUCUUUAUAAAGGAGAUAGAUAUAGAAGAUGGAGAUAUUUUGUCUUCUUCUUCAUCCUCAGGUGAGGAUACUGAUGGGAAAACCAGUAGUAAUCGGCCAACAAAGAGUUCUGGUGAGGAUGUCUUGGUAAGGUCCGAUCCCCGAGGACCUGGGAUUUUAGGCAGGGUUUUUGGGAGGAAGUCGAUGAAAAAUAAUGCCGGCAUUAUCAGGGCAGACUCGUUGGAGCGUGCUGAAAUGGCAGCUGAUCUGUUAGAAAUGAGGUGGUCUACUAAUCUUACCCCCAGGAGGUACAGUAGAGAUUAUGCCGUACCUGUUUCUCCCCAAGAAGCAUCAAAGGGUGUUAAAGAGGAUGACUUGCAAAUAAAUGACAAAAAAAGUGAUAUAAGCUCUCCUGCACAUGAUGACAUGUUAGACAAUCUUGAUUUCCGUGAACCUUCUCGUGAGAAGGAUGAUGGUUCUUGUCUGAGUGAGAAGUCUGUCAAGAGAACUGGUAAACAUGUGUUAUUUUCACCAUCUGAGAAUGCAACAAGAGUGUCCGAUGUUGUCCAAGGUGUUGAAGAUUCUAGUCGUGAAGAAAGCUUAAGAAUUUCUGGUGACAGUGGUGAACUAGGCGUAGUUGAUGCUGAUCAUGAUGCCAGGGGUUGUACAUCUAUAUCUGAGGUUGCGAGCCCCAAUUUAAAAAUUGUCGACUCCCUUGAGAUUGAGAAGCACGAUUCUUUUACAGUUAGCCGUCUUCCCGAUGAGGAAAGUGGAACUGCUGCGGUCCAGUCCUUUUUCUAUUGUGAAACUGAAGAGAAAUCAACAGCGGUGCUAGAUAUUUCAACCGAAGAAUUUACUCAAAACUUGUGUGCUUCUCGUGAUCUAGAAGCUCGUAUGCACGCCCAAACGGUGCUCAGUUUGAAGUAUGUAAUGUCUGAGGAAAACUCUCAACCAGAAGAGGACUUAUUAUUUGAAAAGGAUUAUUUAAAUGGUUUCAAGGUUAUAACCAACAAUACUUAUCCGAACUCAAUCACUAAUAUUUUGGUCUCCGAGAGCGGUUCGUUGAAUAGCUCCGCUGCAGAAGCAGAUUAUGGGUGCAUUUUACCAAUCCCUUGUUCCAGUACCUCAACCUAUGAAGAUCAAUAUCAGAGGACUAGCAUAAAAGAUAAAGUAACAAGCAAACUGGGAGCCUCUUCACAGGCUCUUGGUAAUCCUAAUGAAUCUAGUGACGGUUUGAUCAGAAGACUUACUGUUUCUUCAUCAGAAAGUUUGGAGGAAGAGCAGCUUCUCUUUGGUGAUAUUGAUGAUUGUUGCGACAGUGUAGCCAGAUUCACAGAGUCCACUUCAUCAGAUUAUAAGGAAAAAGAAGCCUAUCGAGUACCAAACUAUGAGUCUGGUCCUACUCUAGACAAGUCCAUCCAAAGUGAUCAGCCAAUUGUUGCAGAUGGAAGAAAACUCAAAACCGUAUCAAGCAAUGUUGACAUUCCUGCAAGUUUAGUAGUUCAGGACAACAGAAUUGUGCGGAUGGGCAGAUCUUUACCCAACAUGUGGUCUCAUGAUAGUGAUUUUCUUUCUAACCCUGAGGGCUUACAUUCAUCAACUGUACUACAGACAACAGAAGUUGCUGGGGUUGCGGAGGAGGGGAAAAAUACUUCAGUCACCCCAGAAAACGAAAGAGAUCCCAAAUCCAUUAAUUCCUUGGGUAGGAGGAGCUGGAGAUCAUGGUCUCUUUCCUUUAAGAGAUCUAGAAGCAGGGGAAAUUCUGGAUUGUCCAUGGAUGAAGAUGUAAAUUCUGAUGCUAAAAGUAUUUCAAAUAAUACUGGUGGUGACGCAGAAAAAGAUGGGCCAAAACCAAAGAUUUCGAAGAAGAAAAUAAUGUUAACCACUCCAACAUCUGAACAGCUGGCUACUUUGAAUCUGAAGGAGGGAAAGAAUACAGUUGUUUUCACAUUCUCGACUGCAGUGCUGGGGAAACAGCAGGUUGAUGCUCGCAUAUAUUUGUGGAGAUGGGACUCAAAAGUCGUAAUAUCUGAUGUUGACGGAACAAUUACUAGAUCUGAUGUUCUAGGACAGUUCAUGCCUAUGUUUGGGAUGGAUUGGUCACAGAUAGGCGUUGCACAUCUCUUUUCGGCUAUCAAGGAGAGUGGAUAUCAUUUGCUUUUCCUUAGUGCACGUGCUAUUUCACAGGCCUAUCUUACUAGACAAUUCCUGUUUAAUCUUAUGCAGAACGGAGAGGGAUUACCAGAAGGACCAGUUCUUACAUCUCCUGAUGGAAUUUUCCCUUCUCUAUUUCGAGAAGUGGUUAGAAGAGCUCCUCAUGAAUUCAAAAUCGCUUGCUUAGAGGAUAUAAAAGGAUUAUUCCCUUCUGAUAGGAAUCCCUUCCCCUUCUAUGCUGGUUUUGGAAACAGACACACGGAUGAGAUCAGCUACCUCAAGGUUGGAAUACCUAAAGGGAAAAUCUUUACCAUCAAUCCAAAGGGUCAAAUUGUUGAUAAUCGCCACAUAGAUACAAAAUCAUAUACCUCUCUUCAUAGUCUUGUCACUGCCAUGUUUCCAGCCACUUUCUCAUGUGAGCAGGAGGAUUUUAAUGCGGUGAAUUUCUGGAGACUUCCGCCUCCUUAUAUUGAUUGAAAGUUAGCAGAGUCCAUCCUUAACUAUUUUUUGAGAUUCAGUGGUGGUACUGCCACAGCCAACGAAAGAUGCAGUGAACGGCUAGCGAGUCGAUAUCAUAAAUACGCAGUAUGUUUGACUGAACCACAGACAGGGCUCUCUGUAUUUGUAACUGUAUAUUGCACAUGGAAGUGACUAGUAAACUAUUGUUUUAUACACUCAUCCUGGUGGAAGAAAAUCGCGUACUCAAUUUUCUGAUAUUCACUCAUUAAUCAUAGGCUAGCCAAUUUGCUUAGCCGUAAAUGUAUACACAUACUUAUGGGAGAAAAAUACGAAAUACGUUCGACGUCACUCCUUCAGGAAGAGUUGAACUUUGUAAAUUGCUGUAGUCUUAGUAUGUGAGUAUGAGGAAGUGUAGAUUUUGCAGUAACUUGGUAAUUUUGUAGAAACUUUGGCUUAUAAUGAACAGAUUUGUUAAGACAAACUGUUAUUAUAUGAAAGCUGUUUUUAGCCUGUGA